CUUUAGGGAGACAUCACGUUCUGGUUCUCUCUGCUAGCCGAAGGCUUGAGCUCUUUUGUAGGACUUUAAGGUCACUAAUGGAUGCUUGCAAACAACUUUUAUGGACCGUCCUAAAAUAGAAUGUGAAAACAAGCAGCUUAUGAUAUCACAGUCCUCUAGUUGUGUCCACUGCCUAAUUCUCUCAAGUGUUUUGCAAGCAGAAAGUGGAGUGAUUCAACACCUGUACUGCAGACCAUUCAUGAUGAUUUCGCCGUGGGACCGGUGGUACUCGACGAGUUGCUGCCUUUGCUGCCAUGUCCGGACCGGAACCAUUAUUUUGGGGAUUUGGUACAUGCUCAUCAACGCUGUGGUCUUACUCAUCCUGUUGUCGGCUCUCAAUGACCCCGUGCAGUACCGCUACCACCUCACCAGCUCUGAGCUGGGGACCGACAUCGACGUCAUGGACGACGCAAAUAUCUGCAUAGCAACCGCCAUAUCCCUCCUAAUGAUUCUUAUAUGUGGCAUGGCGACAUACGGCGCAUACAAGCAACACGCCGCCUGGAUCAUUCCGUUCUUCUGCUAUCAAAUCUUUGACUUUGCCCUUAACACCCUGGUAGCCGUCAGCGUGGUGGUGUACCCCAACACGGUGCAGGACUACCUCCAGCAGCUGCCGGGGACUUUCCCUUACAAAGAGGACAUCAUGUCCACCAAUAAUAUGUGCCUCGUCUUUGUAGUCCUUCUCUUCAUUGGCUGCAUCCUCUCCUUCAAGGCCUACCUGAUAGGCUGCGUGUGGAACUGCUACAGAUACGUGAGCGGCAGAGGCACCACCGAGGUCCUUGUUUACGUCACUACGAACGACACCACGAUGAUGUGGUCCUGAUGGCUUCAUCUGGCCAGGAUCUUCAGCUCUCGCUGGAUCGAUUCGCAGCUGAGUGUGAAGCGACUGGGAUGAGAAUCAGCACCUCCAAGUCUGAGUCCAUGGUUCUUGCCCGGAAAAGGGUGGAGUGCCAUCUCCGGGUUGCGGAGGAUACCCUGCCCCAAAUGGAGGAGUUCAAGUACCUCGGAGUCUUGUUCACCAGUGUGGGAAGAGUGGAUCGUGAGAUCGACAGCCGGAUCGGUGCGGCGUCUUCAGUAUUGAUCCGUUGUGGUGAAGAAGGAGCUGAGCCGGAAGGCAAAGCUCUCAAUUUACCGGUCGAUCUACGCUCCCAUCCUCACCUAUGGUCAUGAGCUUUGGGUUGUGACCGAAAGGACAAGAUCACGGGUACUAGCGGCCGAAAUGAGUUUCCUCUGCCGGGUGGCAGGGCUCUCCCUUAGAGAUAGGGUGAGAAGCUCUGUCAUCCGAGGGGAGCUCAAAGUAAAGCCGCUUCCUCCACAUCGAGAGGAGCCAGAUGAGGUGGUUCGGGCAUCUGGUCAGGAUGCCACCCGAUCGCCUCCCUAGGGAGGUGUUUAGGUAGGAGGCCACGGGGAAGACCCAGGACACGUUGGGAAGACUAUGUCUCCCGGCUGGCCUGGGAACGCCUCGGGAACCCCCGGGAAGAGCUGGACGAAGUGGCUGGGGAGAGGGAAGUCUGGGCUUCCCUGCUUAGGCUGCUGCCCCCGCGACCCGGCCUCGGAUAAGCGGAAGAAGAUGGAUAUAAAAAUAUACAAACAAUUAUUUAUAUUUAAUUGUAUUUGGAUUUAAUUUUUAUUUGGAUUCACUUUUCGGGUUCAUAAUUCUUAUAUGUAGUCGUUCAAACUUACACACACCAAGUACUCACAUUUUUACAAAGUAUUCAUUUUUAUUGUUGUUUUAUUUAUAUUUUUUUAUAACCGUUAAUACAUUUCAUUCCAAUUUAAUAUUUGUGUAUUUUUUCUAUAUUGUUAAAAUGUUAGACAUUUUUAGGUAGGGAAAAAUCCAAACUGAUGUCACUGCCAAAGCAUGGAAAUAUGGGACUGCCUUAUGGAAUGUUUACAAUGAAAACAAAAAAAAUGUAAUACAAUAUUUCAAAAUAAUUCCCACCGAUCGACUAAUAUAUGUGUAAAAAGCAGAAAACAAGUACAACAAAUGUAAGAAUAAGCUAACGAACAUACUACGAACAUGUAGAAAAGAAUGUUACAGUCAAUUAUUUGACAAGAGCAAAAACAACAUGAGAACAACAUGGGGCAUACUAAAUAGUAUCAUUAAAAAUGGUGCUAAAAAGACCACCACAGUACUUUCUAGACAGAAAUAUACAAAAUUACAACAUGGACGAAGUAGCUGAACGCUUGUAAAUAUUGGAAUCAAUCUUGAACAAAGGAUUCCAGAUGUAGAUGAUGGAUCAGUUAAGAUUUGAAUGAAAGCAUAGACAGCAAUCUCAACUCAAUAUUUUAACUAACUAUUCUAACUAACUAACUAAUUUACUCUGAUCCACAUCUUAUCCUAUAACCCACACUACUGAUUGUUCCUUACCAAAACGAACAAUAACGAGACAGUCUUUUAAACGGUUAUUUGAUAGGAACAUCUCCUAAAGAUCCGUCUCUCUCUCUCUGUGUGGUAUAUAGUUACUAGUUUUCCCGAGGGGAUUUAAAUUCAUAAAGACAUUUUUCAAGUAAUGUAUAUAUGUAUUUUUAUUUCUGACAAUACUUACUUUUUGGUCAAUUUGUGCACAAAAAGAGACAAACAUACAAUGAACCAAGAUCAGACCCCUGUGGUACUCCACUGAAUACCAUAACUUGCUGACAUUUAGUGUUGUGACAAACGUCAGUCCGUGCCAACCUUGAAAAGAGACGUUUCUGCUGUUUGCCGAUGAGGCCGACAGCACAAGGUUCAUUGUCACUCUCAGUAAGUCAGUCAGCUUUAAUGCAGGGAGGCACGGUACUAGUGAUAUUAAACAUGGCAGCCGAGUGUGCUCAGCAUCUCUCUCCCGAAAUAAUUUAUUGGGAGUCGGGCGUUACCUUGGAUGUGAGAACAGUGGGAGACAGAUAAACGCUCACCUACUUUGUCAGGAAGCACAAGUUGGCCACAAGCGGUGUAUUUUUUCAUGUUGGACACCGAGACAUGGACAAAAACAUCAAGACAUGCAAAUUCAUAAAGUAUUAUCAAAUUGCUAAAUAAUGUUAAUAAGUGUUUGCAAAUUAAUUAAAAAGAUAUACUAAUCUUGUCAAAUACUAAUAUAUCGAUAAAUAUAAUUUAAUAAAUGCAUACAUAUGCAAGGGACAAGUGGACGCUGAAAGGCCCAAAAAAAAAACCAGAAAAAAAGGAGGUAUGUUAUUUUUUAGAUAAUAAUUCAACCUUGGUGUCUUUAGUGUAAAUCGGUUUCCUUGUAUUUAGGCAAAAGUGUGUGCCUGAAUGAGACCGAGUAUCUUCCAUCCUAUCUUAAUUAAGCUGACACUUUAAAUGUGCUGCUGCUUUUUGGGGCAUGGUUGCCGCACGUGAGCACAUCAACAAGGGACCAUUUCCCUCCCGUCUAAUUGGGAAGCAAGAAUAAAGGGGCUUAGGGAUGCAGCCAAUGGGAAAAAGUGGGCCAAAGCAUUUGAUGGGCAUGGAUUAUGUCUGCAAUGAUGUUUGAUAGAAAAUCCCAAUUCCAGAAAAGUGGGACAUUAACAUGUUUGAACUAAGAAUUAUGACAAAGGGACGCACAAAAGGGAGAUAAUUAACAAUGUAAUGCUUAUUACAGGUGUAAAAAAAAGUUUAGAAUUAUGUCAGGGACUCUAUUGGAUGCAAGUAAUGACUCUGCCAGAAAAGGAAACUUCUGUUAGAGUUAGAACUUGUAAGAUUGGCAAAAACUUCAUGCAAACAAACAAGCGCACUAAGCUUUUUAAUGGCUUUAAGAGAGCCUGGAUGUUCCCAUGCUGUCAAGCGGUCGCUGCUACAGCAGAUGGUGUAACAGGUUUAAAAAAAAAAAAAUCAAAGAUGAGCUGUUGCAUAAUUGUGUGGACAACACAUCAGCAAACUGGGUGGAUUAAAUUGUGCUGUUUGACCAGAGCAGGGGUCAGCCACCCGCGGCUCUUCAGCGCCACCCGAGUGGCUCCCAGCUGGAGCUUUUUAAAAAAGGUAUGAAAAUGGAAAAAGAUGGGGAAAAACAUAUUUUUUGUUUUAAUAUAGUUUCUGUAGGACAAACAUGACACAAACCUUCCUAAUUGUUAGAAAGCCCACUGUUUAAUAUGUUUGUGUUCAUGCUUCACUGAUGAAAGUCCUUGCCGAGCGCUGUUUUGGCCUACUAUUUGCGGCCGUCCAUGAACGCACCGUAGUUGUGUGGCCUGUGACGCAGAUGUUUGUUUACAUCAGGUGUGCCGGUCAAUUGGUAAGGGUGUGUCACUUGAUCGCGAGGCAUUAAAAAAAGUAGACUUAAAAAUUACUGAUCAUCAACUUUCACUACGAUGUCACUUUCGUUACUUGGUUGACAUUCACGGCACUCGAAGAUCUGGCAUGACGACGUUUGGCUGCUGCGAGUUUAGUAUGAAUUAAAAACACGACCGUCAGGAACGCGAUAAACAUUUUUUUUUUUCAAGAGACUCUCUCUACCUGUGUAAAGUUGGCCCCUGCCCCCCGCAAAACUCUGUUGAAAUAGUCUCAUUAGUUUGUGCCAAGUUUGUGCUGGUUUGUGCAUUUGAAAUGGUCGUUUGUGCUGCUUUAGUUUCCGAGUUAUUAAAGAUUAUCUUAUAGGUCAAUAAAAGUCACCCAGUCCCCCCGUUCUCCAAAUGAAGUCCAAAUUAAGCCAAAAUAGUUUCAUUCGUUUGUGCUGCAAAAAUGUUUUGUCUUGCUAUUAUAGUUUAUAAGUUAUUAACGUUUUAUGUAAUUAAGUUGUUGUUACAUGUAAACAGUUCUGAACUAUGUCAAAACUUCCCCAAUUGUGUGUGCUGGUUUGUGCAGUUGAAAUGGUUGUUUGUGCUGCUCAUGUUUUUUGAGUUAUUAAAUAUUUUUUUAUAGGUCAAACCAAGGUAACCAGCCCCCCACUUCCUCCAAAUGAAACCAGGAUAGUCCCAUUCGUUUGUGCUGCGUUUGUGCAGCAAAAAUUAUUGAUUGGGGGUGCUUUCGUUUUCGAGAUAUUAACGUCUAAAAGUUCCGGAAGUGACAUCAUCGUGAACCUGACCCCUUGGGGUUAUUCAAACUUGGCCAAAAUAAUCUCAAAUUAAGCCAAAAUAGUCUCAUUUGUUUGUGCUACGUUUGUGAAGUUGAAAUGAUUGAUUGUGCUGCUACAGUUUAUGAAAUUUUAACUAUUUAGGAAGUGACGUCAUCGACGAACCAGGAUUAUCCAUUUUCGAACAAAACUAAUUUGUUGUGUAAAUAAUGACACAACGGUCUCAAUUGUUUGUGGUAUGUUUGUGCACUCGAAAUCAUCAAUUUUGCUGCUUUACUUUAUGAAUUAUUAACAUUGACAAUUUAGGAUGUGACGUCACGAGCGCGCCAGAAUUCUAGGUUUUCGACCAAAACAGUUUUAUUUGUGGUCCAAACAAUAACAAAACAGUCCCAUUUGUUUGUGCCAUAUUUUUGUUGCUGUGUGCCAUUGAAACUAUCGAUUAUGUUGCUAUAAUUUAUGAGUUAUUACGUUUCAAAUAAGCAUCAUGAAUUACGCUUCACUGCCUGUAGGGGUCGGUAGACAGACUGGUACACCUCUGGAAUUGAAAGUUGUAACGCAGCUUUUGCAAGUUUUACUUUUCCAGCUCUGUAAAUACGACCCUCAAAAUAACACCUUUGGCCAAUGUAAGCAUGUUUAAACACUUAAAUUGUAUACAAAGCUGAAUGCACACUGGUAAUGCAGAAAUGCAAGGUAAUUCGUCUCAACUUAACUCCAUCCCAUCCAUUUUCUACCGCUUGUCCCUUUUGGGAUCGCGGGGGGUGCUGGAGCCUAUCUCAGCUGCAUUCGGGCGGAGGGCGGGGUACACCCCGGACAAGUCGCCACCUCAUCACAGGGCCAACACAGAUAGACAGACAACAUUCACACUCACAUUCACACACCACGGCCAAUUUAGUGUUGCCAAUCAACCUAUCCCCAGGUGCAUGGUUUUGGAGGUGGGAGGAAGCCGGAGUACCCAUAGGGAACCCACGCGGUCACGGGGAGAACAUGCAAACUCCACACAGAAAGAUUGAACUCAGGACUACUCAGGACGUUCGUACUGUGAGGCACAUAUGCACUAACCCCUGUGCCACCAUACAAAUUAACUCAACAGACCUAAAUACAAGUUAAUUUGCAAAGAAAUUAAAAUGGGUUAUGCAUGUAAUGUAGUAUGUAAGUGUUUUCCAACUUGCAUUGCAUUUGCAUUUACUGUAAGGUUUGCAGAUACCUAUAUCACUUUUCUAAUGAUUUGAUCAAGGCCCCAUGUUGGGUCGUAAAAUAUAUUGCAGAAAUAAAGUAAUUAAUGCUAAUUGUAUGUACCGUAUUUUUCCGACUAUAAGGCGCACUUAUAAUCCUUUCAAUCUCUCAAAACUCGACAGUGCACCUUGUAACCCUUUGCGCCUAAUAUACGGAAUAAUUUUGGUUGUGCUUACCAAUCUCGAAGCUAUUUUAUUUGGUACAUGAUGUAAUGAUGAGUGUGACCAGUAGAUGGCAGUCACACAUAAGAGAUUCGUGUAGACUGCGAUAUGACUCAAGUAAACAACACCAAAAUGUUAUAUGUUCCAUUGAAAAUGUCAGAGUUUGUUGGUGACGAACCCCAAGAUGCAGAGAAAGCGGAAGGCAUUGUGCGGGAAAACAUGAUUUAAUGUCCAAAAGUAAAAAUAAAGAAAACAAACCAGGAACUAGGAGGACAAACUGGAAACAGGGAUCCAGCAAACAGGGACUAGGAACAAAAAGACAGUAAGUUACAAACAGCUACAGAAUAUAGCUUACCGCUACUGCAUACAGCUACACUGACAUCGACACGACAGGUAGGAACGACAAGUAUUCAUGACAGGUAGUAGUGACAAUGACAAUGACAAUAAUCCAGCACUGACUGGAGGGGAAGGCAGGUUUAAAUAGCAGCUGGCUGAUUGACACAAGGUGUGGCCAGGUGCCAAUCAGCCGCAGCUGAAGGGAAGCAGCACUCAGGGAGACAAUGAGGAAAUAACCAAAAUAAGAGCGUUGACAGGAAAUGACAGAGGAAAAACUCAAACUUGACCAAACUGUCAGGGACAAGCCUGACAGAAAAUAUAGAACAUUACACAAGGCACUCAAAAAUCUAUCAAAAUGUUUUAGUAUGACUUUGGUAAGCUAUGAAGCCGCACCGCUUGAUGGAUUGUACUGUGCUUCAACAUACAAGUAUUAUUAUGAUGUGUGUACAUGGUUAAACAUAUUAUCUGGUGUUUUGUUUCGCAAUGUUAUGCAAAAGCAACUUUUCUUACCUUCUGGUACCUGCUGAUCUGUUUUUGGGAUCUGCAUCAUUCCUGAAAAUUUGCACGCAUCCGCCUUUGUAGACCGUAGUCCAGUGGUCCCCAACCACCGAUUGGUACCGGGCCGCACAAGAAAGAAAAAAAAAGAAAAAAUUUUUUUUUUUUAAUAAAUCAACAUAAAAACACAAUAUAUACACUAUAUAUCAAUGUAUAUCAAUACAGUCUGCAGGGAUGCAGUCCAUAAGCACACAUGAUUGUAUUUCUUUAUAACCCCCCCACCUUAUAAUCCGGUGCGCCCUAUGGUCUGGAAAAUACGGUAUUUCUUCUUAAAACGAGAUCAGCAGGAGACAGGGUUUUCAUCUUUUCAGUUCUCUGCACAUCAAAAGAGGCCAUACUCCAAAAUGGCAACAUAACCACUCCAAAUUCCACUAUACGGACAGUGCUUAGUGAGCAGUUGGAAUAGUGCAUUGCUGCGAACGCCCUGUAUACUUUUCUUAAAUUAAACAGACACAACAUUUUGUCAGCAAUAGGCUUUAGUCAUCACACAAAUGAUCCUGCAACUACUGAUGACACGGAUUCUUCAGCUUCACCUUCUGACGGACCAAAUCAUCAAGCCUUUCAUCUUGAUGUUCCUUUUGAAAAUGGGUCCGAUUCAUUUCAGAAAAGGUUGAAUACAAAGAUGAAGUGAAUUAAUGAACUCAUUAUGUUCUACAUAUGGUGAAUGUUUAUAGUCAACUUGGAGAAUUGCGAACCACCAGGUUUAAGUAAAUAGUCUUUGAGCCCAUAAUACAAUAAGAAGCCUUAUUUGGAUAUCUGCAUGUGGACAAUGUGACACAAGAAGAAGCAAUAAAACCAGGCUUCGGAAUGCAAAAAUUAUAGCUCUAUCAUGGAGGAGAGUUUCUAUGUUUAUCUUAACGGUAACCUACAAGUUAUGGUAAUACAUCUUGUCUUCUCAGUCACUUACACACGAACAUCUCCUUACAUGGUCAGGUUGUACUCUCCUGAAUUAACACACACCCAGACAGAGAAAGAAGGAAUAUAAGACAGUGGUUUGGCUCCUCCAAGUUAGGAGUGCCUCAUUUUUUUGGACUUGACCUCCUCCAGGUACUGCAGUCCUGUAUAAUGAUGCUCGCUUGUAAUAAACCAACUUUUUGAUCAGCAAAAUGUCCCGACGUCUCUUUUGAUGCAGCCGCACUGACGUAUCGCCCUUCUGCCCGGGAGGAAGUGACAAGACCAGAAAUACAGUAACAGUACUAAGCAAAAAAGGGAAUAUACAAUUUUGAAGCCUGGCACCUGGACUCAUGUUAUUAAUGAGCACAACUGCAAGGCAGUGAAGAGUUUCUGUACAUUUGUUUUUAAAAGAGCCAAGGUCUUGAAAUGACAUUAACAUGAAUGUGUCACGGUCAUGUCCAUUUAACAUGUGACAGAUAGCCUGAAACUAACAGCCCAAUGGCGUUUAAAUGCUGCACACUGGCUGUUCAAAGCGUUUUUGUCUGGAGACUUGCGUGUGCAGGUAUCCACAGAACUGUGCGAGGGCAGGAUGCAACCAAUGUCUGGAGGGCAUCCAGGCACACACGCUUAUAGACUUUGGAGAUCCAGAGCCAACUCAUCUGCCCAAUUUUGCCACCCUGCACAAAGCCAAACAAGAAAGGAAUGACUUGGAAUUAGGUGACAAAAAUCGUAUUUAUUCCUUGCAGCUGUUAAAAUACGAUUCACCUCACAGUGGUAGCAUCAGAGACAUUGGAUGGACACAUUUUUC